GUUCGUCGCGAAAUGUUCGGGCUGUUCAAAAAACCCAAACUCGUGAAACUGAGAGGUCUCGGUGAAAAUAAGAAAUAUGGGAUCGCUGCAACGACCGUGAGAGAGUUGCUUAAGAAAGGGUGUAAAAUGUUGCAGGUUCCGCAGUCUGGUGCGCGUAUUUGCUUGUACGAGGAUGGGACAGAGGUGACAGAGGACUACUUUAGAAAACUUCCUGACAACGCAGAGCUCGUGCUACUUACCAAGGGGCAGAGUUGGAAAGGAUUUGUCUGCGAUAUUAGCCUUUUGCUGGGCUUCUCUGACGGGCGCACAGACCUCCUUAUCGAGUCAGCGAAGGGCCUUCUCGCAGACGAACACUCGGAGAAGAGGCGCAAGAUCCUGAGAGACCUGCUUCACAAUCUUGCAGAUCACUCCGAGGCUGAACACAAAGAGGAGGAUGAGGACUGGUUUCAAGGACUUGACUCCAGAUUUAAAACCAAGUCAGCUUACUUGAGGUUCAACUGUGAAAACAGGGUACGAGGGUAUCUGAAGGAGGUUUAUGGGCAUACUGCUGCCAUCCAGAGCCUCAAGGUGCGAAGGGAGUAUGAAAAGACAGUUGACUGCAUGAUGGAGAAGCUGAAGUCUGCCAAGUAUAACGGCUGUUACUUUGACAGGAAGGAAGGGGAAAUGAACCGCCUUUGCACCCGGGAGGGCUGGUUCUCCUGUCAGGGUGCAUUUGAUGAAGACCGAUGUGAGUCUCUCCAUUCUAUAAACCCUUAUGGCAGCAGAGAAAGCAGAAUUCUUUUCAGCACCUGGAAUCUUGAUCACAGAAUUGAGAAGAAGCGAACCAUCAUACCCACUCUUGCUGAAGCGUUGCGAAACCACAAGAGUAGUGACAUCGAUGUGGAUUAUUUCUACCAGCUGCUUUUCACGCGGGAGAAUCUGAAACUGGUGCACAUUGUGUGCCACAAGAAGGCUGCGCAUGACCUUCAGUGUGACAGCAGGAAAAUAUACAGGAAGGAAAAACGGAAACGAAAAUGA